GGGUAAACGAAAACUCGAGAGAAGAAAAUGGACGACGAGAGGAUUCGUGAGAGAGAGAGACUUCAGAUCGAGCAGAUUCGUGAGCUUGAUUUCGAGGAAUUACAAGUCGAAGAAGUCGACGACUUUCACAAUUCCGAUUCCGAUGAUAAUGAUCAUCUCUCUUCAUUUCCCUUCUCUUCCCACGCUCAAGCUUCUGGUAACCUUGGUGAUGAUGAACUUAUUUUCAACCCAGCUUUGGCUUCUUUACAUACGUAUCUUGGCGAGGUUGAGGACACUCAAAACAGAAUUGCUUUUGUGGAUGGAGGCACAGUUUUGAAGAUCCCGCUUUUCUAUCUUGAAGGAGUGGUUCUAUUUCCUGAGGCAACACUACCCCUUAGAAUCGUUCAGCCUAGUUUCUUGGCUGCUGUUGAAAGAGCUUUGAACCAAGCUAACGCUCCAUCUACGAUAGGUGUGAUUCGUGUUUACAGAGAAGGGGCUCAGUUUAAGUAUGCCAGUGUGGGGACAACCGCAGAGAUACGACAAUACCGUCGACUUGGUGAUGGUUCAUUCAAUGUUAUUACUCGUGGACAACAACGGUUCCGUUUAAAGCGACGCUGGACUGACGUUGAAGGAUUUCCUUGCGGAGAGGCUCAAAUUGUUGAUGAAGAUGUGCCCUUGAGGACUCCCAGGGACGCGUUUGGGAAACUGGUACCGAUAAGCAAGUUGCAAGGUCGCUACUCCUUGAGUACAGUGUCUUUAUCUACACCUCUUAGAGAUAUGGAAGCAAAUUCUGAAGAAAGUUUUGAAAGUGCUCUUUCUCCGUCAGAAAAAAGACUUCAUUAUUCAGUAGUUGACUCAAUAUUUUGUAACUCAACAAGUAGUGAUGAUGAUCAAGUAGUCGGCACCUCUACAGUCCAAUCUAGUGGGUCUAAUCCAUACAGCUCGAGGUCCAUUGGAUGUUUAGCUUCUAGCCAUGACGACGAAAAUGAAGACGAGCAAUCGGCAAUUGGCAAGACUCCUGUCUCACAAGAGACAUAUCAGAAGCAAAAUAGGCUGGCAAGUUUCCGGGAAAGUACUGAUCUAAGCCGAUUCCGUAUGACCCCAAGAGCAUUUUGGCCAUUCUGGGCGUAUAGGAUGUACGACUCAUAUUAUCUUGCUCAAAGAGCAGCUGAUCUGUGGAAGCAAAUAGUUGGGGUUCCAAAUAUGGAAGCUUUUGUGAAUAAACCAGAUAUUCUAUCCUUUUCCAUUGCUAGUAAAAUUCCCGUGUCUGAGUCAAUUAGACAAGAGCUCUUGGAGCUGGAUGGAGUCUCCUAUAGAUUGCAGCGAGAAAUUGAAUUGCUUGAAAGUUUUGAUCGUGUUCGAUGUAUACACUGUCAGACUGUCAUAGCAAGAAGAAAAGACAUGUUGGUUAUGUCUAAUGAAGGUCCUCUUGGUGCCUACGUAAACCCACAUGGCUAUGUGCACGAGAUAAUGACCUUUUACAAAGCAAAUGACAUAGCGCUUAGAGGUAGACCUGUUAAAAAGGACAGCUGGUUUCCUGGGUAUGCAUGGACAAUUGCAAACUGUGCGACGUGUGAAACCCAACUUGGUUGGCUUUUCACAGCGACAAAUAAGAAGUUGAAGCCAUCAUCUUUCUGGGCAGUUCGGGGCUCACAGGUCGCAGAUGACAUGCGCUGAAACAGCAUUAAAAUCAUGUCUCACUU